AUGGGAUCAAUCAUGUUUGUCACGGCUUUCUUGAGCAUGUGGAUUUCAAACACCGCCACAACCGCAAUGAUGUUGCCCAUCGCCGUCGCUACAGUCAAAACAAUCGUUGGGGACAAAGAAGAUUCCUCGGAAGUGAAAGAAGAAAGCUCGGAGAUUGAGGCGGAUCAAGGCUUUAAUGUAACUCUCGACCCCGCUGCCUACGAAACUGGGCCACAAAAGUCGACCUUGUCGAUCCAUCUUUCUAAAUUUGGCGGUUUUAUCCAGAAAAUGCGAUACUCGCGGAAUCCAUCAGCAUUAGCUUCUCCCAUGACUUCGAUGACAUCUGUUCAGCAAUCGCAAGAGCGACAAAAGAAUAAUCGUCAAUCUGGAACCCAAGUGCCCCGAAUCGUUGUCGACCCGGUGGCUGGAUUCGAAAACGGAAAUGACGUGGAUGGCUUCAGUGACGCCCAGACACCCCUAACUGACUCUUACCAGAUUCAAAACGAGUCUGCCAUGACGUUGGAUACUUCGAACCAGAAUCUUUUGGUGGAAAAACGAGUCUCACGAACGAGAAAACAGAAGAAAAGAAAAUCGAAGGAAUCUCCAGAUCUGCUCAUGAAAGCCAUGCUUCUCGCAGUCGCCUACUCCGCCAACAUCGGCGGAAUCGGCACACUCAUCGGCACACCCGUCAAUCUCAUCCUCCAAACCCAAAUCUCCACCGUCUUCAACCACCCUUCCGCUGGAGAAGAAAUCAAUUUUCUCACUUGGAUGGUCUACGCUCUUCCCGUUUCGAUCAUUUGCAAUAUUUUCUGCUGGAUUUGGCUUUUGACCCUCUUCGUUGGAAUCAAAAAAGUGUGGAAUGACAUCAAACGGCGCGAAGUGACAUCGCAGGAUGAACAAGUCGUAAAGGACAUUCACGAUCGAUAUGAGAAUCUUGGAAAGAUGAAGUACACCGAAAUCGUUGUAUUGAUUCAUUUUGUCGCUCUGGCUGUGCUUUGGUUUACGAGAAGUCCCAAGUUUAUGCCUGGAUGGGAAGCGGGUUUUGAUGGUGGAUACGUAAGGGACUCUACUCCAGCUCUUUUGACCUGUUUCAGUCUUUUUAUCUUCCCUUCACAGCCGAAUUUCUUCCGCUGGCUCCUCGGAAAGCCCUGUGAAAAAGAUGAAGAAGGAAUGCCAAAAGCUGCAGAGCCAAUUUUAAAAUGGAAAGAAGUUCAACGAACUCUUGCUUGGGACGUCAUCAUCCUCCUUGGAGCCGGCUUUGCCCUUGCUGAUGCUUGCCAGCGCUCAGGAUUGUCACAGAUUCUCGGGGAAGGAAUAAAAGAGUUAGUUUCUGAAUGGCCGUUUUCGAUCCUUCCCUUUUCCAUCGCACUGUUGAUCUCCUUCGUCACCGGUUUUACUUCAAAUACAUCAACCGCCUCGGUUUUUCUUCCGAUUUUGAUGAGUCUGGCGCAAGCGAUCCACCUCAAUCCCCUCGUGCUCUGCAUUCCAGCCACCAUGGCAUGUUCCUUCGCCUUCCUUUUGCCUAUCGCGACGCCGCCAAAUGCAAUCGCCUUCAGUUACGGUGCCUUGCGAUCGUUUGACAUGGUCCGGGCCGGAUUCUUGAUGAACAUCAUUUGUGUCACAAUCUCGGCGAUUUUCCUACCUAUCAUAGCUUAUCCAACUUACAACCUUGGCGUCUAUCCUGAUUGGGCCAACACAACAAUAAGUGGCUGA